AUGGAGAAGAACAGCAGACAAAAGCAACCUGUUGUUUUGUGUACUUACUGCAAACCUGCUGUUCCCGCCGUGAAAUCCUGCCUGCAAUGCGAGCAAUCCAUGUGCAGUAAACACUUGAAGCAACACAACACGACGGUGGACCACGUCCUGGUGGAACCCAUCAGAUCCUUUGAGGACAGAAAAUGCUCCCUACACAAGGAAGUCCUGAAGUAUUACUGCUGUCGGGAUAAUAUCAGCGUCUGUGCGUCCUGCUCGGUGACUGGAAGCCACAAGGGCCACCAGGUGGUGCUUCUGAACGAGGCCUCAGACAAGAAGAAAGAAAAACUGAAGACGAUAGCCAAAGAUCUCAAGUUUGACAGCUGGAAGCUUGAGAAGAGGCUGGAGAAGCUCCAAAACCACCGGAAAGACGAGAAAGGGAAAGUAGCUGCCCUCAACAAGAGAGUCAGGGACCUGUUUAAGGAAAUCAGAGAUAAAGUAAACGCCUUAGAGAUGCGAGUUCUGGCUGAGAUUUUGAGACAAGAUGAUCACAUCUCAUUGACCAUCUCGGAUCUAAUCCGGCAACUGGAACUACAAAAGGACAAGAUGUCCAACGCGAUUGCUCGGACCAAGGAGCUGCUCAGCGCGUCUGAUCCGUUAUCUGUGAUCAAAGAAAAAGUCGAGAGUUCUGACAUCAUCAAAAUCAGUGAUGACAUCGGUGACGUAAGAGAAGCUGGAUGUCUGGACGAGGGAAUCGUCUCCCAGAUGUUGCACAAGGGAAUUCUCCAGCUCAACAUCAGCUUUAUGGACCUGAAGAAAAUGAGACAAUUCGGGGCCAUCGGGAACUCCCACGUGUUGCUGGAUCCAAACUCCGCUGGUAAUAACGUGAUCAUCUCGGAGGACCUCACGCGGGCCUCCUACGCCGUGGAAGCCAUAAAACGGCCAGACUUGCCGGAGCGGUUCAAGUGCAGCCAGGUGUUGAGUAGAUGCCAGUUCACAACGGGGAGACAUUACUGGGAGGUGGCUGUGGGGGAAGCCAGGAAGUGGUUAGUUGGAUUGGCCGCUGCCAGUAUAGAGAGGAAGAAAAACGGAAACGAAUCGUAUUUCGGAUGUAAUAACAAGUCUUGGGGCCUCUCCUUUAAUAAGCAGCUGUCGGCCGGCCAUGACAACAUGUACGUGGACGUCCCCACGGACGGGCCUAUAAAGUCCGUCGGGAUGUAUCUGGAUUAUGAGGCCGGACACCUGACCUUCUUCCAGCUGUCUGAUCCCAUAAAAUGUCUGCACACCUUCGCUGCCACCUUCACCGAGCCUCUGCACGCAGCUUUUAUACUGAAUGACAAUUCAUCCAUCAGGAUCCUCAACUGA